GCGAGGCGCGGGGGGCCUGUCGUUGGGGGAAGAUGGCGCCCGUGGCUGUGCUAGGCAGCGAAGAAGGUGAUUCAUGGCAGGGGACGUGGAAGGGUUUAGCUCCGCCAUCCAUGAUACCAGUGUCUCUGCUGGGUUCAGAGCACUGUAUGAGGAGGGAUUGCUUCUUGACGUCACUCUUGUCAUUGAAGACCACCAGUUUCAGGCCCAUAAAGCCCUGCUUGCCACCCAGAGUGAUUACUUCAGGAUUAUGUUCACAGCCGACAUGAGGGAGCGAGAUCAAGAUAAAAUCCAUUUGAAAGGUCUGACUGCCACAGGCUUCAGCCACGUCCUCCAAUUCAUGUACUACGGAAACAUUGAACUGAGCAUGAACACUGUUCAUGAGAUUCUGCAGGCUGCCAUGUAUGUUCAGCUUAUAGAGGUGGUGAAGUUCUGCUGCUCUUUUCUUUUAGCAAAAAUCUGCUUAGAAAACUGUGCAGAAAUUAUGAGACUAUUAGAUGAUUUUGGUGUAAACAUCGAUGGAGUCAGGGAAAAGUUGGACUCCUUUCUGCUAGAGAAUUUUGUGCCACUCAUGUCCAGACCUGACUUCUUGUCCUAUCUGAGCUUUGAAAAGCUUAUGUCUUAUUUGGAUAAUGAUCAUCUGAGCAGGUUUCCAGAGAUAGAGCUGUACGAGGCUGUUCAGGCUUGGCUGCGGCAUGAUAGAAGACGCUGGAGACAUACCGACACCAUCAUUCAGAACAUCAGGUUUUGUUUGAUGACACCAUCCAGUGUUUUUGAGAAGGUAAAGACAUCAGAGUUUUAUCGAUACUCUCGGCAGCUGCGGCAUGAAGUUGACCAAGCCAUGAAUUACUUUCAUAGUGUUCACCAACAGCCUUUGAUGGAAAUGAAAUCCAACCGUAUUCGUUCUGCCAAACCCCAGACUGCAGUAUUUAGAGGAAUGAUAGGACACAGCAUGGUAAAUAGCAAAAUUCUUCUCUUGCACAAACCAAGGGUCUGGUGGGAGCUAGAGGGCCCUCAAGUACCUUUACGACCAGACUGCCUUGCCAUUGUCAAUAACUUUGUAUUCUUGUUAGGCGGGGAAGAACUGGGCCCAGAUGGUGAGUUUCAUGCUUCCUCCAAAGUAUUUAGAUACGACCCUAGACAAAAUACUUGGUUGCGAAUGGCAGACAUGUCUGUUCCACGCUCAGAGUUUGCUGUUGGUGUUAUUGGGAGAUACAUCUAUGCGGUGGCUGGGAGAACAAGGGAUGAAACAUUUUACUCGACUGAACGAUAUGAUAUCACUGCAGACAAAUGGGAAUUUGUGGAUCCCUAUCCAGUCAAUAAAUAUGGACAUGAAGGAACUGUACUCAGUAACAAGUUGUAUAUCACUGGGGGAAUUACUUCAUCUUCCACUUCUAAGCAAGUGUGUGUGUUUGACCCCAGUAAAGAAGGGACGGUAGAACAGCGAACGAGGAGAACUCAAGUGGUCACUAACUGUUGGGAGAACAAAUGCAAAAUGAAUUAUGCAAGAUGCUUUCACAAAAUGAUUUCCUAUAAUGGUAAGCUUUAUGUCUUUGGUGGUGUUUGUGUGAUCUUGAGGGCCUCCUUUGAGUCGCAAGGGUGUCCUUCUACAGAGGUUUACGACCCAGACACUGAUCAGUGGACUAUUUUGGCUUCUAUGCCAAUUGGAAGAAGUGGUCAUGGUGUAGCUGUUUUGGACAAACAGAUAAUGGUUCUUGGAGGCCUUUGUUACAAUGGUCAUUACAGUGAUUCAAUUCUCACCUUUGAUCCAGAGGAAAACAAAUGGAAAGAAGAUGAAUACCCAAGAAUGCCCUGCAAGCUGGAUGGUUUACAGGUUUGCAGCCUGCACUUUCCCGAAUAUGUACUGGAGCAUGUUAGACGUUGCAACUAA